UCUUCAAUGGCGAAAGCAUGAGUUACAAAAAAUAACAAGCAAUAAAAUCCAUUAUGGGGUUUCUAAUGAAUUGGCUAAAUAAAUAGCGUAUUAAUAAAACAAAGUACGAUUAAAUUGACUAAGCAAUUUUCUUGACUUCGUAGACAGCAUUUUGUCUUCACCGCAAGGCUUUGUUCCUAAUAUUCUCCUUUCUUCUUGCUUCCUCCACCAUUUCUCUUUUCUUUACAAUUCUCACUUGCUAUUUUCUUUUUUAUUUUUAUUUUCUUUCUUGAAAGUUAAAAUAAUAUGAAUUGGAGAUGUUUCUGCUGCAAGUUCCCUGAAGAAACACAAUCGAAGAGUGUAAGCACGGAUAGAGAUUAUCCUUGGGAAAUUUACAGUCUUAAAGAGCUUCUUCAUGCAACAAACAGUUUCCAUGACGAUAACAAGAUCGGAGAAGGCGGAUUUGGAAGUGUGUAUUGGGGUCGAACAAUUAAAGGCGCCGAGAUAGCAGUGAAACGACUAAAGGCGAUGAGUGCAAAGGCGGAGAUGGAAUUUGCGGUGGAAGUAGAAAUACUUGGAAGAGUGAGGCACAAGAAUUUGUUAGGGCUAAGAGGGUUUUAUGCAGGAGGAGAUGAAAGGCUUAUAGUCUAUGAUUACAUGCCUAAUCACAGCUUAAUCACUCAUCUCCAUGGCCCUCUUGCUUCAGAUUGUUUGCUUGAUUGGACUAGGAGAAUAAACAUUGCUAUUGGAUCAGCUGAAGGAUUAGCGUAUCUGCAUCAUAAGGCCAAUCCUCAUAUAAUACAUAGAGACAUAAAGGCAAGUAAUGUUCUUUUAGAUACAGAAUUUCAAGCAAAAGUUGCAGAUUUCGGAUUUGCAAAGCUCAUACCAGAAGGCGUUACUCAUUUAACCACUAGGGUUAAAGGAACUUUAGGCUAUUUAGCUCCGGAAUACGCCAUGUGGGGAAAAGUUUCCGAUAGUUGCGAUGUUUAUAGUUUCGGAAUUUUACUUUUGGAGAUCUUUAGUGCAAGAAAACCAUUAGAGAAACUACCAGGCGGUAUCAAACGCGACAUAGUUCAAUGGGUCACACCAUAUGUUCAAAAGGGUGCAUUUGAUCACAUUGCUGAUUCUAGGUUAAAGGGUAAAUAUGACAGGAUACAACUUAAAUCGGCGAUCAUGGUUGCGAUGAAAUGUACCGAUAGUAACCCUGAGAAUAGGCCUACCAUGAUCGAGGUUGUAGAUUGGCUUAAAGGUAAUUAUCUUGUUAAGAGAAGGACAAAAGAGGUAUCUUAUGUGCAACACAAGGUUGUGGAAGACGAAGAAGAUAACAACGGUAAUGAUACUGAUUAUUAUGAAGAAGAGUUGGGAAUUGAAAAGUUCAAUUUUAGAAUGAAAUAGAUACUCUUUGAAUUAUUCAAUCUGGAAUCUUCUUGUUUACAGUAUUUUUUAAGUUAUGUGAAUAAAACAGUUUCAUUUGUCA